UUUUGUUUUAGAAUUGCCUUAGUUGUUUCUUGGAGAUUUGAUUUGUAUAGAGAAUGUCUUUAUUCUUUGAAAACUAUGAUUAUGAUGGAUAUGCUUCCAGCGCUGGUAAUGGAUCUGGUAAUGAGCUUUAUGAUGAUUUAAAUUCACGCUGGACUAGCAGUGUGUAUUCGACAUCUGACUCUUUGACCAGUGCCACUAGUAGUAAUUCCUCAUCAGAUACAGAUAUUUCAAGUGGUUCUGGGACGGAAAGCAGCAGCAGCAGCAGUUCAAGCAUAUCACAUGACUCCGAAAGAGAAGACGAUGAUGACACACCAAUGCAGUCCAGUUCGCGUGAUAGUUCCGUUGCAAACGUUUCUGGCCAACAACACAUAAAUAUUACAACUGCACUUAAUCCCCGAAAAGAGAAAGCUCGUCUAACCUUACAGGCGCGUAAGAACGGUGAAGAUGAUGAAAGUAGCUUAUCAUGCUCUUUAUGUCUACUAAAUUGUGAAAUGUUGGGAGAUCAUCGCCUGUGCUCUUUGAAAUGUGGCCAUUUCUUUGGCGAAUCCUGCCUUCGAAAAAGACUUAAAGAGACGCCCGGCUCUAAUGUUUGCCCCGAUUGCAAGGCAAAAGCUCGUGUACGACACAUACGUUAUUUGUAUGCAAAACGUUUAGUUGCCAUAGAUCGAACUGAGGAAGUGCGUGUGAGGGAUCAACUGAAUCAAGAGCGCACAAGAACUCAAAUUUUACAAUUUGAAUUGGACUCGUUAAAGACUUCUUACCUUCAGGUGACUCAAAAAAUGCAGUCGCUGGCAGCGGCCAAUGAAUCUCUCAAAGAAAUGCUGCAGCACAAAGGCAUUCCCAGUACAUUCAACAUGAAGGCUAAUGAAGAAAUGAUUUCGACAAACCCUUUAACUUAUAAAUUAAUUUUAGAUAAAAAAAUUCCAAUAUCUAGUAAAGCCUGCUGUAGGGUGAUGAAAUACGAUGAUCGUCGUUCAAAACUAAUAAUAUCACAAAAGGGAUUUUUUCCGGGCUAUGGACUAAGAAUAAUGAAUGCACCUGGCUUUGAGAACUCAAAUUAUUUGUAUACAUCCCAAAAAAUGGUAUGUGAUAUAAGUCUCUCGCCUGGCAACGAGCAGAACUUAAUAGCUGUAGCCAGUAAGGAGCGUACCUCAAAACUUUUCGAUAUGCGCAACUUUCAGGCAGUAACUGUUUUUAAGCCUGGAAAAGAAUCUAUAAGAUCAUGUGCUAUUUCUUGCAAUGAAAGUGAAAGUAAGCUUUAUCUAGGAUCUACACAUGGAUCUGUUUAUUUGUACGACACGAGAAAUCCAGGAACUAUUGUAAAUGAAUACAAUCCUGAGCCGGAUAGAAUUGGUGCAAUAAUACAAAUCGAAACUGUGCCAAAAUGUGAAUUAUUUCCGCAUGGAGGUUUAAUUGUCUGCAAAAUUUCUUCGUUGUGGUUUCUUGAACCUCGAGAGGAAAAUGACUGUGCUGUUGAGUUGACAUGUUUGCUAUCCGAGGCAAAUUUCGUGUCCAUAAAUUACAACAGCCAAAAUCGCAGUCUUCUAGUCCAAGCAGACAUUUCGGCAGACCAACCGCGAGUUCGUCAUAUUCUGGGAUACUUAACAAGGGACAAGAAUAAUGUACCUAUAUAUCAGACUGAUGUUGUCUUUUUUGCCUUGACAUCCAAUCCAAUCGCCACCAGGUCUACACAGAUUCAAAUAAAUUCCAAUACUUUAGUAGUCGCAUAUAUGCAAGAUCCAAAAUUGCUGGCAUUAUAUGAUAAAAAUUCAGAGCAGAGCAUACAAUCCCAUCCAAUGUCAAAAGUUGUCUACGAUGCGUGCCCCAUUUACACAAGUGAAUUUACAUAUUUGGCUGCAUUAAAUAAAUCCAAAUGUUUUCUAUAUAAGGUCACUUCCUCCACUUGAUAGGGAUACCAGUACAUUUUUAGAGCGUUUUGUAUAAAUGUACAUCAGUGGAUGAUGAUGUAUGUCAGAAAUACUGUAGUAAAAUUUUUAGCACUAGGUAAGAAUUAGGUAUAGUAUAUAUGGUACAUUUUGGAAUGUUUCAUUUAAAUAUUUACAUUAAUUUAAAACAACAACAAACACAUAGAAACAUAUAUAAGGUAAGAAUUAGGUAUAAGAAAUUAU